ACCAUCUCACCACAUCAAUUCUCCCAUCUCUCUAUCUCUCCCUGUAUUGAAUAAUAUCAUAAUAUUACAUAAACACACUCUUAAGUUUGGUGACGAAGCAAGGAGAAGAAGACAAUGAUGAAGGAUGUGGUUGGGGACAAGAGAUCUUUCUCGGGAAAAGACUAUCAAGAUCCACCCCCUGAGCCUCUAUUCGACGCUACUGAGCUUGGGAAGUGGUCUUUCUACAGAGCUCUCAUCGCUGAGUUCGUAGCCACUCUCCUCUUCCUCUAUGUCACCGUUAUGACUGUCAUCGGUUACAAAAGCCAGACCGAUCCUCAUCUCCAUCCUGACCAGUGUGCAGGUGUUGGCCUUCUCGGCAUCGCCUGGGCCUUUGGUGGCAUGAUCUUCAUCCUCGUUUACUGCACUGCCGGCAUCUCUGGUGGGCAUAUCAAUCCGGCAGUGACUUUUGGGCUGUUGUUAGCUCGGAAAGUGUCGUUGGUGAGAGCAGUGAUGUACAUGGUAGCUCAGUGCCUCGGUGCCAUUUGCGGUGUGGCUUUGGUCAAGUCCUUCCAGUCUGGCUACUACAACCGCUACGGUGGCGGUGCGAACGGUCUCUCCGAUGGUUACAGCAUCGGCACAGGUGUUGCAGCCGAGAUCAUCGGUACAUUCGUCCUAGUCUACACAGUCUUCUCAGCCACUGACCCCAAGAGGAGUGCGCGUGACUCUCACGUCCCUGUAUUGGCUCCAUUACCAAUUGGAUUUGCAGUGUUCAUCGUUCACUUAGCUACAAUCCCAAUCACGGGCACUGGCAUUAACCCUGCGAGAAGUCUCGGAGCUGCAAUUAUCUACAACAAGGACAAAGCUUGGGAUCAUCAUUGGAUAUUCUGGGUGGGUCCGUUUGCGGGUGCAGCCAUUGCGGCUUUCUACCAUCAGUUUGUGCUGAGGGCUGGUGCGGUUAAGGCCCUCGGAUCCUUUAGGAGCCAACCUCACGUUUAACUUUGAUAUAUGGUCUCUUCCACAAGUAUCAAAGAGAGCAAAAACAGAGGACAAUAAAGAGAGACCUUUUUUUUAUCUAUGUAGAUUGGUUGGAGCCAAGAAGUGACGUGUAGUAAUCUAAUUUCUAGCUUUGGUGAGGAGAGAUUUUGAAGUGUAUACCACAUGUGGGCCAACUUUGAAUUGCUACUUCUAUCAUUAAAUUAUGUCUACUCUAUUUAUUACUUUGCUA